AUGUGGGAAUAUUCUGAUCGGAAUUUACUGAUAAUUUAUUCAUCAUUCUCCUUAUUUUCAUUCCACUGUUACAGGAAGCUCUGUCUCUACAUCACGCAGUCGCCGCUUGCCCCGCACAUAGCCAGCGCCGCCAGCGAAUCGCCGGACCUCCAGGCCAUCCUCAAUGAGGGCCUCACGUUGGCUGAGAGUGAGCCGGAAGCCGAGGACAUCUCAGAUUCGGCCGGCCUGUCACAGACGGCCUCCAACUCCGAUGGCGCCCAGCCUGACGAAGCUCCGCUUACCAGGGAGCUCAAGGUGGAGGAGCCGAGCCCCGUCGGUGUAAACGGGCUGCACGAUUGUAACGGUCUGCUCAGUUCGGACUCUCUGCAAUCCAUCACCGUAGAAACAGGUGGAGGUGUUGAAAAGCAGGAGAGCUUUUCGGAGGAGAUCCCAGUGUGUGUGAGCCUCACAGGGGAGGCGGGGCUCUGUGACAUCAGCACUUUGGGGGAUGACCUGAAACAUGGCGGGGGGCCGUUGUUGUUGAGUGUCGAGGAGGUACUCAGGACUCUGGAGACGGACACUGACCCUGAUCCCUCCCCCCAGGCGGACUGCCCCCCCACUGUACCUCAGUCCAGCCUCAAUGGGCCUCAUUGUCCUGGAUCUGACUCCUCCCACUUUAUCCCCUCCCUCCCCCGAGGGAACAGCCCUCGCCCCCUCCAACCUCACCCGCAGCCCUCGCUGCAGCCUCCUCCUCAGCCCUCCACAGUCACCCCCCACGUUGCCCCUCGGUACCACCGUAAGCGCUCCCGCUCAGAAAGCGACAGCGAGAAGGUGCAGCCCCUCCCCAUCUCCAGCCUUUUACGCGGGCCUCCCCUCGGUGCCAACAGCUCCCCCCAUCACCCUAACCCCGGUGCCACCACUAAACAGGAGCCUAAGUUCCCCACAGCCACGCCCCACCCACACCUGGCGCCGGUGCCAAAUGGUGGUCCCCCCAAAGUGGGCAAGACUGUGCUCAUCACAAACAAGGGGCUGAAGAAGACUGUGGAGCACCACGGGGGCCCCAAGAAGGCUUACACCAAAGCCAGGCAAGGGACCCCCAAGCCCCGCACACAACCCCGCGACAGAGUGCCCCCACACCCCCAUACUCACCCCCUGACACACCCACCCAGCCCCUCAAAGCCACUGUAUAAAAAACCUGUAGAGAAGAAGGGCUGCAAGUGCGGCCGGGCCACACAGAACCCCUCAGUGUUGACCUGUAGGGGGCAACGCUGCCCCUGCUACUCCAACCGCAAGGCGUGUCUGGACUGCAUCUGCCGUGGCUGCCAGAACUCCUACAUGGCCAACGGCGAGAAGAAGCUGGAGGCCUUCGCCGUGCCAGAGAAAGCUCUGGAACAGACUCGCCUCACGCUCGGCAUCAACCUCACCAGUAUCACCGCGGCGGCCCUCCGUAGCCCGGCCACCAGCUCCCCCAGCACCCUCCUCAACGUCACCACGGCUACAGGGGCGCCCGUCACGGCCACCUUCUUAUCGGGGGCGGGGCACGACAACAGGGGCUUUGACGAUUCACUGGAGAUGCGGUUUGACUGCUGAGGUCUCGCCCCGCCCCCCCCCCCCUACUCCGGUCGGUCGUUACGCACAUUCCCCACCCCGCCAGCCGGGCGUUACCCAGCUGGGCGUGCCAGGGACCUGCGGCGUCGGAGCCAGAACAAGGCAGCUACAGUGACUGGCGAUAGCGAGGGUCACCAGCGGAAGCUGGGGGAGUCGCCCUGCGUCCAUCGCCCCAAACUGCACCAUGCUUGUGGUCUUGCAUACAGAUACAGUGUGGAAGAGAAGGAGAAAGAGGAGAUGUUGCGUUACUGUAUGUGCAGAGAUUUCCUUUCAGUGGGGAUAGUUUCUUUUUCUGUUUUCUUCUCUACUAUGGGUAAAAUGUAGAGCAUGUUGUGUAGCUACGUUGGGUGUGUGUGUGUGUGUGUGUGUGUGUGUGUGUGUGUGUGUGUGUGUGUGUGUGUGUGUGUGUGUGUGUGUUGUGUGUGUGCCGUGUCGCGUGUGUGUGUGUGUGCGUGUGUGUGCGUGUGUGUGCGUGUGUGUGUGUGCGUGCGUGUGUGCGUGCGUGUGUGUGUGUGUGUGUGUGGAGAGGGAUGACCCUUAUUAGCAGGAACGAAGAUAUCAUCAUCAGAGACUGGUGUAAUUUAUAUAAAAGAGAGAACUUUUUGUACGUGGACGUAUCGGUUUCCAUUAAAGAAGACAUUUUAUGAUAUAUUUUAUAAGUUACAUUAAAGACCAAUGGAAGAUGGUGCAGGGGCAGACCUGCAUUCAACCAGAAGAUUUUCACACAGGUAAAAAGGUAGAUUGCAUUUUUUUGUCAGUUCUCCUCUCAACCUCUAGAAGUAAAACAAAGACCCUUGAAGAAGAAGAAGAAGAACAACAACAACAACAACCCGACCUGUACCGUGAUAACAUUUUUGAUAUCUUUCGCUGUAAGAACCGGGAAGUGAUUUUUAACACCACCAGCCAAAUGUAAGUUUCCGUUUUGUCUGUUGAAUGUUUAUACUCUGUGAGCCACUAUCAGACACCCAAACAUUGUUCUAAGAUGUUAUUGUAUACUAAAAAAAAAAGACAUUAUAAAACUGAUAACCUGGUGAAUUUUGGAGUCAACCAACCAUUGUGGCUGGUGGAGGACAAAACGUCUGUCCCUGGUUGUUUGAUAGGCCUAUGUAGCGAGGAUGCGAGUUAACCCGUUUAAUCAUUUGUGUGUUCCUGUAUUAAGCACUUUUCCACUUUUCUACACUGGCCACACAGUUUAAAAUCCACCAUAUUUCUGGUCUGUUCUCUCUCUCUCUCUCUCUCUCUCUCUCUCUCGUGUUUAAAACUCUGGUUGAUUGCAGGCCCUGCACAUUUUGUUAUUCACAAGUUUUUGGUUUCUGGAAGCUACACACAUGCUGCUAAAUACCACAAAGGACACUAGAAGGAGAGCACACCUGUUUUCCUUGUCUUUUGUUCUGUUUUUGUUUUUAAUAAGUUGCGUUAACAGCAUUUGCAGUAUUUAUUGGACGUCUGCUAACAUAGGUUACGGGCCGGGCGUCAGUCUGGCCCACUCUGCCUGUCGAGUGUCGAUCCAGUCUGGACUAUUUCUGUCUCUGUUAAGUUGCUGUCUCCCUUCACCUUAGUGUUAGUCUCCAAACAUUUUUUUGUUAUCCAUCGGGGGCAUUUAAAUACCUGUAAUAUAUCUGUAACAUAUUUCCACAAAAAAGAAAGAAAAUCAAAAACUUAA